AAUUUCCAGCCCAAUCCGUCGUAUCAGUUCGGAUUUGACGUGAAGGACGAUCACUACACUAACUACCAGAACCGCAAGGAACAAAGGGAGGGCAACAAAAUCACCGGAAGCUAUUCGGUGGUCGACUCCGAUGGUUUCAUCAGGACGGUAGCUUAUACCGCCGACCCCAAGGAGGGGUUCAAGGCCGAGGUCACACGGCAGCCGACUGAUAUUGUCGUCAAAAUACCCAAGCCCGAGCCCCAGUACCAGAGACAGCCCCAACAAUACAUUCAGGCGCUUCCUGAAAGGAACGUACAGUACCAACCGCAAGUACAGGCAACACGUCCCGCACCCCAGAAGCCCAAUGUGAUUUACCAAUACCAGUGAAAGGUUCUAGAAUCGUAAUGAUUUAGUUCAAAUAAUAAUUUUUUAUGCUUAUUGUUACUAUAGUUAUUAAUUUA